UUCAGCCAUGAUCCUGACGGGCCGCAGUUUGUGUCUUCCUUCUCGAGCCACCGUCCAGGAGCUCUUCUCGGUGGCUCAGGAUGCCAGUAUCAUCCCUGAUAUCUCCUUGGAUCCUGUUCUCACCACCUUCCUGUCGCUGGAUUCGUCAGCAGCGUUGCAGCAUCAGUACAACUUCUUACAGCGGAGCAUGAGCAUGGAGCAGCAGAGCACAUUCAACCUCAACCUGACGGCGAAGCUGGGGGGCAGCAGGGUAACCUGUGGAGGAGUGGGGGUUGUUGCUCUGGCUCUGUCCAUGCUUUUUGAUCAGGUUGCUCAACAGGUCCGAGCACAAGGAUCAACAGAGGGUCCCUCGUUAACUCAACCAUCCCGGCUUAAGAGGAUUUUUGGCAUCAGCAGCUCAUCGAGAAUCGGCUGGAUUAUCCACAGCUUCCUCACCCUUAUCCCAGGCAUCGCCAACAACCAGGAUCAGAUGGCUGAGACCACAGAGCUCUACGAUAACUGGCUGAAAUUUGAGCUUCUCGACCAUUAUGAUAGGAUGACCACAAGGAAGAGAAUGAGUUCAGCGUCGAUGCAGCAGUGGCUGACAGGAGCUGUAAUUCACCUGCACAUGAGAAUCCACCAGGCCCGUCUGCAGUCUGUGCCAUUAGGAUCAGUUGAAUCAAUGCGCAUUUCUUAUAAGACGGGGUUAGGUCACCUGGUUCGGGGCUAUACAGCCUACCUACGCGCAAACAUCCAGGAGACUCCAGCUCCUGGUCCACAAAAACCAAGAACCAAUGCUGCCAACAGACCUAAACAUGCUAACACAUCUACUAUAACCAAUAUGACAUGCUCCAACAGCCUCCUUGUUAAUGGUAGCCAGGUUGGUCUAAGUAAUAAAUCUGCCACACCCAGUUCAACUGCAGGAAUUAACAGAGGCUGUAAAACUGAUGAAGCAGGUGGAGACUUUGGAUUUAAUGUCCUAAAUGGAAGCAAUGACACCACGAUGACAGGAGACACCCUCUACACUUCAUCCAGAUACAGCAGGACGGAGGAUGGCAGCAUGCUUGGACUGUUAGUCAUCGAGCCCUCGAGAAACGUGAGUCACAGUGUGCAGCAUCACCCCUGUGAGUCUCCAGCCAUACAAGAAGCUCUGGUGACUCGAAUAAUCAACGUGCAGGACCUGGAGAGCAACGGAAAUUUUUUCCUGUAUGCUGACGGAGUUUUUCAGAGCCUGCUAAGGCAGAGGGAUGACUUCGAACUGAGGACAAAUUAGACAAAAACAAAUAUCUGAUUAGUCAGCCACAAAAACUAACACAACAUUGUUACAGCCAGAAAAGCACAAUUGUGUUUCCUAUUUUCUACCAGUGUAUUAAACUGGGUCAGUUACCACAUAUAUAAGACCCUUUCAAUACAAAUUUCGCAUGAACAGUAUGAAAUUUUUCACAUAAUUUAGGAAACAAAUGAAAGUGUUUUCUUCAAAUCGUCAUCAAAUGUCAAAUGUCAUUUCAAAUUUGAACAGACCCUAAUAAAAAACCUCACAUUUGGA